AGUUGAGUUUGUCGACUUGAGCCUCAGGAUGAAGUUGUUGCUGCUGCUGCUGCUGGUCCACAGCUGUGCCAGUGUCUCUAUGGAACAUCUGGAGUUCCACGCAUGGAAGAUCAAGUUUGGAAAGUCGUACAGUUCCCCGUCUGAGGAGGCUCGGCGCAGAGACGUGUGGCUGCGUAACCGUGAGCUGGUGCUGGAGCACAACAUGUUGGCCGAUCAGGGCGUCAAGUCCUACCGCCUCGGGAUGAACUACUUCGCUGACCUGGAAAACCACGAGUACAGGAGCCUGGUGUCCCAGGGCUGCCUCAGGUCCUUCAACAGCUCCCUGCCCCGUCACGACUCCACCUUCCUCCACACCCCUGACCUCAUAGACCCGCCCCCCUCUGUGGACUGGAGGGAGAAGGGCUACGUCACUCCAGUCAAGGACCAGAAGGCGUGUGGCUCCUGCUGGGCCUUCAGCGCUACGGGUUCACUGGAGGGACAGACCGUCAGGAAGACUGGUAAACUGGUGUCUCUGAGUGAGCAGCAGCUGGUCGACUGCUCUGGAGACUUUGGGAACUGGGGCUGUUGGGGAGGAUGGAUGAACGCGGCCUUCGAGUACAUCCAAGCCAGCGGAGGCAUCGAGUCAGAAGACACGUACCCGUAUGAGGCAAUGGAUGGUCCCUGCAGGUUUGACCCGGCCUUCGUUAAAGCCACUUGCCGCAGCUACAAGAACAUACCAAGUGGGAACGAGAUGGCACUGCAGGACGCUGUGGGCAAGGUCGGACCCGUCUCUGUGGCAAUUGAUGCUUCUCAGGAUUCCUUCAUGCUCUACGAAUCAGGAGUGUACGAUGAGCCCAAAUGCAGCAGCACCGAACUGAACCAUGGUGUUCUGGUUGUGGGCUACGACACCCAAGAGUCUCAGGAAUAUUGGAUAGUUAAGAACAGCUGGGGAGAGAGCUGGGGAGAUAAGGGCUACAUCAAGAUGAGCCGAGGCAAACAAAACCAGUGUGGAAUCGCCAGCGUAGCCAGUUACCCGCUGGUCUGAGCCGCACCGGCCGCCGCUGUCACUGUCUCCUGUUAUUUUUAAAUGUUCAUAAGUGAAUCUUUAAGUCUAUCUGAUGAUGCUCUAAGGUCUUAUGAACAUUAUUCUGUGAUCAGUGAUGUGGAUCGAUUAUAUCAGUUUAAAAAUAAAAGGUUAAAAAAUGA